CUUUUUCAAGGAAUUGUGUGCUAAAGUUUUAAGACAAGAUGACUUGAAUCUUCUUGACAAUCAAAUUGUGCUAACUCUAUGCAAGUUGGAAAAAAUAUUCCCUCCUGCCUUUUUUGACAUCAUGAUUCACCUAACUUGCCACUUGGCAUGGGAGGCAAAGGUGGCCGGUCCAGUACAAUUCAGGUGGAUGUAUCCGGUGGAAAGGUAUUUGCAUAAACUAAAGACUUAUGUUCGUAAUAAGGCUCAUCCAGAAGGGUCUAUUGCCGAAGGUGUCUUGGGAGACGAGUGUUUAAUAUUUUGCUCUCGCUAUUUGCAUCGAGUUGAAACUAAGUUUAAUAAAAGAGAUAGAAACGACGAUGGAGGUCAACCGUCAUAUGAUACAUCUCCGUUAUCUAUUUUCUCAACACCUGGUCGAGCUUUUGGGAAAGGUGUACUUAGAGAGAUGAGCAUUGAACUUCAUAAGGCUGCCACUCAUUAUGUCCUGCAAAAUUGUGAUGAAGCUUUGCCAUUUGUCCAAGAACAUAAGAACAUUCUAAUCCAGUCUAGUGUUGAUAAUGUGGAGGAGUCACAUAGGCUUCAAUUUUCAAACUGGAUUUCUAAAAGGGUCACAGAACUAUACAACGAUGGUAAAGUUAGUAAACAAAUGCUUUCUUUGGCUCGAGGUCCUGAAAGGCGAGUAACUUAUUAUCCUGGUUAUUAUAUUAGUGGUUUUAGAUUUCAUACAUUGCAGCGUGAUGAGAAUAAAAAAACACAGAAUAGUGGAAUUAUGGUUAAGGGGGAGAAUCAGGUUGACGAUGUGCCUUGGUAUGGAACCUUAGUAGAUAUUGUGGAGCUUCGUUACACAGAAGGAAAUAGAGUUGUAUUGUUCAAUUGUGAUUGGUAUGACACAGCACGAAAAGGAACAGGUUACAAGAUAGAUCGUUAUGGAAUAAUCACUGUUAAUACAACGCGCAAGCUAAAUACUCAAGAGCCAUUCGUACUAGCAAGUCAAGCAACCCAAGUUUUUUAUGUGAAGGGGGUUAAAAAUAAAAUUUGGAGUUUUGUAGUGGAAACAAAUCCAAGAAAUGCUUAUGAGAUGACUAAUGAUGAGAUUGAGCCAUACCAAGAAGCAGAGACUCAAAGUCAAAGCAUGCAUGCCAUCCAAAAUGAUGUUGAAGACAAUGAAAUUGAUUGAAGAAGGGAUGUGAUUCAACUUACAAC